AAAGUGGGGAACGAAGGAACUGUGCUGUUUAUGAUUAGAAAAUUGGAGAACUGGAAAAAUAUCGCAUUCGAUAUGGCAGAAAACAACAACAGCUCGAUCAAAGUACAAAUAUCGCAUUUAAAAACCGAUAGUGUCGUUAGUUUUUAAGACAAAUCGAUAACACAAUACUCGGAUAGAAUAAUACAAAAGUACAAAAGAUGAACAGAUUAAUUGAUUACUUCGCUAUAUGCGGAUUAGACUACAGCUCCGGAUUGGAGCCCGACAAAUAUUCGGAAGACAAUCUACACGCGUCACCGCUGGAACGAUCCUACAAAGGGAAAACUCUAGCGCAUUAUCCAGAUGUCGUGCCAGGGAAUCCCUUCGACGAAUCGGCUGUAUGCAUGUUUUCUCUACCGGCCGGAUUGAAGUUUCGUACUCAGAAACACUCGGUUACCCAGGCACCGAAUUUCCAUUCGUUUCUGAUCACAAAAGAGGAUGGCAAGCGCAGUUUUGGCUUCAGCCUCGUUUUCUACGAGGAAGUGCAAAGCAGGGACAUUAGGGAGGCCAUGCACACCCUCCAGUCGAUGUACAUUACCGAGUUGUCGAGCGGUUUGAAGAACAGGGCUUUGCAAAACGCCCAAAAUCAAGGGCCCCAAUCGAAGUCGCUGCCUCGAUACUUCAAAUUGAGCCACAAUCCGGGCGGCGCGGCCCUGACCUACUACGAUAUAUCCAAAGACAAGUUGUACGUGUCUAAAAGCAUCGGGUUAAUCAGCCAAUGCGGUUACGUACAUGCGAUGAGAGUGUUCUUGGAGAAUUUGUAUAGAUGCGUUCCGAAACAUUCGAGCUUUUCGAGUGGCCUCAGUCUAGAAAGUUAUGUGUUCAAUUUGUUAUACGAGGUCCAAUUACCAGCGCCGGGGAAAAGUUUGCUGGUACAUCUGCCGCCUUCCGAUCCCCAACUGCCGCCCACCGACGUUGUAAUACAGAAUUCUCUGCCUCCUUUAGAACUGCCCCAUCUCGACUACCCGCUCCGAUUGAUGUUCCUAUGGCUGGGCGUAGACGUGAUAAUGCAGCUAUUUACUUGCCUUCUAUUAGAAUACCAAGUACUAUUGAGGAGUACCGAUCCUCAAAAAUUGAUGGUCGUCGCCGAAGGGAUUACCUCCUUGUUGUUCCCUUUCACUUGGCCCCACGUGUACGUGCCGAUCAUGCCGGCUUCUUUGCAUCACUUCUUAGACGCCCCCGUACCGUUUCUAAUGGGUCUGUACUCCAUGUCUGAGAAUCUAAAAGUGGCCUCGGAGGCGAAUUUAUGCUUCGUAGACAUCGACAAAUGCAAGGUGCAAUUGCCCGAAGAGAUGGCCGGUUUCCCCCACAUAGAACUGUUCACCGCAGAAAUAUGGUCGGUGUUAGACAAACACAACAUACACAUACCCAACAGCGAUUACUCCAGAAACAACCAGGAGAUAAUAUCGAGGAGCAGCACGUUGCCCGGUCGGCCGGGCAACCUCCGGAGGAUCUCCAUUCACGAUACGCUCGACAACGAACGACCGCCGUCUCCGCCGGGCUCCGCCAGAUCGGAGGCGCUGCAGCGGAUCGCCGAUAUAGUGCGCAGGACCGGGGUGACUUUGGAGCCCAACGAAACGAACCGACCGUCCGAUAGCUACGCGGAGGAUUUGCGAUUCAACAACGCCCUCAGGGAGAUAUUCCUCAAUCGAUUCGUGCACAUAUUUCAGUCCUACGAGAAUUUCGUCAUAUUCCCAAAUCAAGAUAAAGACGAUUGGUUUAACAACAGAGACUCGAUGCAGAACUUCGACAAGGCUUCGUUCCUAUCGGAUCAACCGGAACAGGACCGGUUGUUCCUGCUGAGGUUUCUGGAAUCCCAAAUGUUCGCCACGUUGAUCGACAACAAGAUACUCGCUUUGUGGGGCGAGCACGACAGCAACCUGUCGAUCUUCGACAACAGGAUAAAAUUGCUGAAGAAACGCCACGGUUGCGAGAAUCUGAUGCAAUCGCUGUCGUACGAGCCGUGCGUGAGCGCUCACGAUACGCAGAAAUUGAUCGACAGACGAUUGGCCUAUCCGGACUUCGAGUCGCCAUUGCCCAGGGAAAUAGCGAACAACAAGCAGACCUUCGUCAGGCAAUUUCCUCUCUUAGACAAGGAGGUUUUGAACAAAACGCCCGUCGUGAACAAGGGCAGCAUCCCCAGGGCGAGCGCUCUGAGGAAAGGUUUGUCGUUCACGAAGCCCCCUUUCGGUCCCAACGACAAAUCGAACCUCAAAUCGGGCAACAACCAAGACAUGUCUCCUGCUGUUAUCGCCCAGGCCAACUGGACGUUCGUCGAGAAACUACUUAAAGACUGUAAGGCUAAGACUAAAAGGAUGCUGUUGGCGAAACUGGGCGCCGAGGGCGUCACCUUAUCGAGUAACAACGCCAUGGACAAUUUCGGCGCCGUGGAGGAGAGCACGCUCAUCACGUCGCUGUGCGAUUUCCUGGAGAGGGUGUGGGCGCACGGGUUGCAGAAGAAACGAGGCAAAUCCGCCCUGUGGUCGUACAUAUUGGCCUAUCAGGAGAAGUACCAGUACGGCGCGAAGAAGGACUCGCAAUAUCCCGCGAAGGGCGUCGGCCGGUUGAGCCUGGAGAAUUGGAACGCCCCGUCGGACGAGGCCAAUUUGCCGGAAUUGCCAUCGAACGUUUUGUUCGAUAUAGAGAAUAUCCAAGCUAUGUGUGACGUAAAAACGGCGAUCGGAAUGGCGAGGGCUUGGGUGAGAUUGGCUUUGGAGAAAAAGCAAUUGUCCAAGCAUUUCCGAACGUUGCUCUCCGAUCAGAACCUGCUCAGGGCGCAGUACAAACGAUUGGCGUUCGUGCGAUCCGAAGAGGAACGGGAACAGUUCCUCUACCAUUUGCUAUCGCUCAACGCCGUCGAUUACUUUUGCUUCACCAGCACUUACCUCACGACAGGCAAGCCUAUACAAUACCGCAUCGUAAUAGUACCGAACAAAAAAGGAACCACCUCUUCGGCCAACGUUUGGAUCGUCUUGUCUGGAACGUUAUCCGAAACGAGCCGAGUUUCCGUGCCAAAAACAACGCUCAACUUCGAAUUUAAAUGUCAGAAUUUGGGCGUGUUGACUACAUUACGAAUAGGACACGACAAUUCGGGUUUGUACGCCAAAUGGAUGGUCGAUUACAUAAUCGUUCGAAACGACAUCACCGGGCACGUGUACAGAUUCCCCUGCGGAAGAUGGUUGGGUAGAGGCGUGGACGACGGCUCGACGGAGCGAUUGUUAGUAGGCAGCUUGGUCUCCAGAAAGGAGGAAGUGGAGGAGAUGACCGUACGAAACGGCGGCAGCUUGGGGAGAUCGACUCCCAGGUCCAGGUCGCCGGCGAUGGCGCCCAAAAUCGAGAUGAAACCUUCCCAAAUACAGGUCAUGCUCGGCGAUUGCGUUAAUAAGAUCAUAAAAUGGCAUCACAGAAGGAACUCCGAGCGACACACGACUCUAACUGCGCUGUUAUGCAGCGACAACGGCCUGGUGACGUGCUUGGAAAACGUCUUUCUCUUGGGUUUCAGGUCUGCCAAAUUGUUCAUGGGUAAACACUACCUGUGGGAUUAUUUCGUUAAAGUCAAGGAGCAAUUCGAAUCGGAAUUGAUCGAAGAAGUGUCCGGUACUCGAACUCACAGUUUGGAAAGAAAUCACCAGGAAACGGUGGCGGUGUGGAGAUGCUACUGUCAUCUCAUCGAAGAGAUCAACCAGACUAGCAAGACGCUCGGGAAGGACGGGAAAUUUCAACAAUUCAUAUGUCUCAGCGUUAGGGAGCACUUGCUGCACAGGAUGCUAGUACCGAUGUCGAGGUGCAAGGUGACGUCCGAGAUGUACGAGGAGAAUUCGUUUCUUCGGAAGAAGGGCCUGCUGACGUUCCUGCGGCAAAUUCUGUUGCCACUGGACGAUCUGGAUGUGGUUCUGGAGAAGACCGUUUCCCAUGGGAUAUCAUCGCCUUGUUCUCAUGCUUGAAUUAAUUCGGUUGUUUUUUGUUGAAUUAUCCAAAGAUUUAUUGUUCGAAAAUUGUCCACGCUAAGCGAAAUGUGUUGAUAAAUCGUUCAUAUCAUGUUUAGUGUAGGUUUUUGUUGAGGAAUUUAGAUGAAUUGUGUGAGAAGUUUAAAUUUGAAUUGUCUAGUCCGUUUUGCAUAACGAUUCGUUACCAAUGAUAUUUCUCUUGAAUGAUAUUUUUUUUCGCGUAGUAUUAGUGAUCAGAUUCUAUAAGAUGUGAUUUUUUUUUGUAUAUGUAUAUUUAAAUCGAAGUUUGUUAUUUUUACAGGAUGUUUAUUUUGAUAUGUACUUUUUGAUCAAAUUAUUUUAUAAGUGUAUCUCUAGCUUUCGUGUAAGGACUGUAUAACGUGUAAUAUGAUACUCAAUGUUCGAGAAUUAGAUAUAUAUUUCAUUGAAAAAGAGAUGAUAGAAUUAGAGAGUAUAUUAUAUUUGAAGAUUUUCAAUAAUAACGUAAUUAUUACUGAAGAAAUUGUGCUUGUCGUAUUUUUGAUUGUAACUCUUACAUCGUACUCUUGAUACUUUUACAGAUAAAAUGUUCUACAGAAUGUUAAUUAGACAGAAUAAAUUAAAUCGGAAUAUAUGAUCUCCCUAUAGUUUGUAAGCUUUCGGAAGUGUUUAUUCCACCCUACGUCGAUUAUUAUUUCAACUGCAAUAAUUUAUAUACAUUAAUUUUAUUUCAUUCGUCUCGUUAGAGAUAAACACUUCUUAAAUGAAUUUGUCUGACACGUGUAUGAAAUGUGAUAGAUUGUUAGAACAAUAAAAUUUAUUCUUGCCAAAA